AUGCUGGGAAACAUCAAGACCAACCUGGCCUAUGCCGGCACCGUCCUGCUGGCGUCCUCGGCGCUGGUGUCUGCGCAGUGCACGGUUCCCCGCAGCGGUCUGCGCUGGAGGGACAACGGCGGCCCUCUCGCUCAGCCGGCCAACGGCUGGGCGUCGCUGAAGGACUUCACCGUCGUUCCCUACCAGGGCAAGUACCUCGUCUACGGCACCAAGUACCAGAGCCCCAACUACGGGUCCAUGAACUUUGCCCUCGUGUCGAACCUGCGGGACCUGAGCUCGGCUCGCCAGACCGGCAUGAACGCCGGCACCGUGGCCCCGACCUUGUUCUACUUCGCCCCGAAGAGCAUCUGGAUCCUGGCCUACCAGUGGGGAGCCACGCCGUUCAGCUACAGGACCUCGACCGACCCUACCAACGCCAACGGGUGGUCCCAGGCCUACCCUCUGUUUUCGGGUUCCAUCUCCGGAAGUGACACUGGCCCUAUCGACCAGACCCUGAUUGCCGACAGCACCACCAUGUACCUGUUCUUCUGCGGCGACAACGGCAAGAUUUACCGGUCCAGCAUGCCACUGGGCAGCUUCCCCGGCAACUUCGGCUCGGCCUCGACCAUCAUCAUGAGCGACACCAAGGAGAACCUGUUCGAGGCGGUGCAGGUCUACACGGUCAAGGGGACGGGCACCUACCUCAUGAUCGUCGAGGCCAUGGGCUCCAACGGCCGCUUCUUCCGCUCCUUCACCGCCACGAGCCUCGGCGGGUCCUGGACGCCCGCGGCCGCCACCCAGAGCGACCCGUUCGCCGGCAAGGCCAACAGCGGCGCCACGUGGACCAACGACAUCAGCCACGGCGACCUGGUGCGGAGCAACGCGGACCAGCGCUUCGAGAUCGACCCCUGCAACCUGCAGCUGCUGUACCAGGGCCGCGACCCCAACGCCGGCGGCGACUACAACGCCCUCCCUUACCGCCCGGGCCUGCUCACCCUCCAGAACCCCGGCGGCAGCCCCGGCACCGGCAACCCGUCCCCGACCACCACCCAGCCGCCUGCCGCCACCCAGCCGCCGUCGGGAAGCUGUGCGCCGCUGUGGGGCCAGUGCGGCGGCGAGGGCUGGUCCGGAGCCACGUGCUGCUCCCAGGGAACCUGCAAGGCUUCUAACCAGUGGUACUCUCAAUGCACCUAG